AUGUCCACAGAUGAGCGGCAUUUGACCUCCAGCUGUGGAUCUUUCAUCAAGACUGAGCCAUCCAGUCCAUCCUCUGGAAUUGACGCCAUCAGCCAUCAUAGUCCUAGUGGCUCCUCUGAUGCCAGUGGUGGUUAUGGCAUCACUAUAGGUGGCCAUUCUAAUGGCCUGGACUCACCACCCAUGUUUGGCGGUGCAGGGAUUGGUGGUGGUCCUUGCCGCAAGCGAUAUGACGACUGUGCCAGUGCUAUUAUGGAAGAUUCACCCACUAAAUGCGAAUAUAUGCUCAAUGCCAUCCCAAAAAGGCUAUGUCUAGUGUGUGGGGACAUUGCAUCUGGAUAUCACUAUGGAGUGGCCUCUUGUGAAGCAUGCAAAGCCUUCUUCAAGCGGACAAUUCAAGGCAACAUUGAAUAUAGUUGUCCAGCUACCAAUGAGUGUGAAAUCACAAAACGGAGGCGCAAAUCCUGUCAGGCCUGUCGUUUUAUGAAAUGCCUCAAAGUGGGGAUGCUGAAAGAAGGAGUGCGUUUGGAUCGAGUGCGUGGAGGUCGCCAGAAGUAUAAAAGAAGACUGGACUCUGAAAGUAGUACUUAUCUGAGUUUGCAGAUUUCCCCUCCAGCCAAAAAACCAUGUAGCUUCUCCCAGCCUAGCAUGACUAAAAUAGUCUCCCACUUGCUGGUGGCAGAGCCAGAGAAGAUUUAUGCUAUGCCUGACCCUACCAUGCCGGAAAGUGACAUCAAAGCGUUGACAACGCUCUGUGACUUGGCAGAUAGAGAACUUGUUGUGAUCAUUGGCUGGGCAAAGCACAUCCCAGGAUUUUCUAACCUUUCUCUGGGAGACCAGAUGAGCUUACUGCAGAGUGCCUGGAUGGAAAUCCUCAUUCUGGGUAUUGUGUAUCGCUCAUUACCAUAUGAGGAUAAACUGGUCUAUGCUGAAGAUUACAUCAUGGAUGAGGAACAUUCGCGUUUGACGGGGCUCCUGGAGCUCUAUUUGGCCAUCCUGCAGCUGGUGCGGAGGUACAAAAAGCUGAAGGUGGAGAAGGAAGAGUUUGUCACUCUGAAGGCCCUGGCUCUCGCCAAUUCAGAUUCAAUGCACAUAGAGGACAUGGAGGCAGUGCAGAAACUACAAGAUCUUCUCCACGAAGCCCUUCAGGACUACGAGCUGGGUCAACGUCACGAGGAACCCCGACGUGCAGGAAAGCUGCUGCUGACCCUGCCUCUCCUGCGGCAAACAGCUGCCAAAGCUGUGCAGCACUUCUACAGCAUCAAACUUCAAGGCAAAGUCCCCAUGCACAAACUCUUCCUUGAGAUGCUCGAGGCCAAGGUCUGACGUGGCCAGCCCCACCUGGAGAGCCCAGGACACAAACUGGAAAGAGAAGCAGUCGUGGAGGAAACCAAAAAUGGCAGCUGGCUUUUAUUUUCAAUCAUUUACUGUGGAGGAAUUAUUUAACGCUCAUCUGGCAGCCUGCCAUCCGAAAAUUAUCAUGUACAGAGAUGGAAACUCUUUUAAUCAAGAUUUUUUUUUAAUUUGUGGGAAAUUCGCAACUAAGCUCUUGCACUUGCAGAGGGAACCAAGGAAAAUUUGGAGUCCUUGAGCAGUGAUGCUCAUUGCACUAUCUAGGGCAGCUGAUUCCUAGCUUUUUCCACCUAAUGAAAGGAUGUGGAGAUCUGAAGCAGGAAAUGGUGGGGUAAAAGAAAAAUACAGCAUUUAUAGCAUGGUGGUAUGAGAGGAUUUGUUUUUUUUUUAAUGUGGGCAUCAGUAGACCUGGCACUUGAUACGGUAUGUCAAGGCACAGGCCUGUGUGCCAGUUGCUUCUUUGUAAAGGAGCACCUUCAGUCCAAAUUCAAGUUAUUUGUAAUGUGUACAUAGAGGCCUAUUUCCUACUGGGAAGAGCUGGUGUGACUGUGUAAGAUAUUCUGUGAUCUUGAGCAUCUGGCUUUUCCUAUUCUUGUGCAAUCAGAACAUUCUCAGUGGUAGUUGCUACACAAGCUGGAGAUACGGUACAUUCUGGGGAGAGGAGGGUCUUAUAUUUACAGAGGAUGCAGAGAGAAUAAGUCCAGACCCUGUCUUAUCCCCCCCCCAAAAAAUAUUCCAGCACAAUUCCUUUCUUCUCCUACAUGUGAUGUUCUUUUAAAAACUCUACUCUCCUUCUUUCUUCAGCAUCCGGCAUGAAUCUCAAGACUCAGACUUCCCACAUCAAGCCAAAAUGAAAUGGUGUCCUGAACUAGGGCUAUUUUUCAGCUCUUUCAGCAAAUCCUGAUAUUAGAUAGAUCCUUUCAUGGAUCAGGAAAAAAAUAUCUCAAACCUUAAUAUGGACUCAUGUUCCAUAUUAAGGGAAUUAUAUCAAAUUCCUUAAGGGAGAUGUUUAAUACUUAUUCUUUUAUUCUUUAGCCGUUUUUUUGAAUCCAAUCUAAAUAGCUGAGUGUAGGGAAAUAAAUUAUUUUCCGGCUAAGCCAAAGUCAGCAGCAUAUGGGGAUGGCUUCUAUCUCUCCUCCUUUCCACCACAAUCCCACUUCCUAGGAAACUGUCAUGGGGAGGACAGAUAGCUCUUGCCAGAGUCUUGGUCAAAGAUAGAAAGGCAGAAGUUGUCCAGCCUCAACUUUACCUUAGUUGCAGACCUAACUCUCACCUCUUAUGAAUGCCAGGUUAAAACCUGCUGGUAUGUUUUCCCUCACCAGGAGGAAGAUGGCAGAAGUAGAGCCUCAGGGUCAUCAAAAAUUGUCUUCCAAGUUGACCUGGGUCCAGAUUAUCCCUUUGGGAGAUUAGUUGAAUUUCAUCAAAUCACCCCCUGGAGCCAAAAGCACAGCUAAAUCUUUUCUCCUAAUUUGUAAUAUUUUAACAGAAGGCGAUGGUAUUUGGGUUUGUGUUUUCAGACACUUUUUGAGUUCCAGCAAUUAAUUACACUCAAAGAGCCAAGGUAACAAA